GUUUGUGUAAACUGUAAAGUACUAAAGAUCAGCACUAUUCACGAAGACGAAUGCAUGACAACUAUGUUUUGCUUGGAAAUCCUCACUGAUAUUCACAAAAUUUGACUUGUCACGCUUCAUGCACACUCGUGAUGGCUCAGUGUCUAUAUGACUGCUUGCAUGGAGCUAAGCUAGGACACUUAUUUCCUGUUCUUCAGAGCAAAGGAGUUCUGCAUUCUGAGGGGUUGGCAGAGGUGAGUCUUCUGGAUUAUGGUGAAUACGGAAUUACACAGCCUCUUGACCAACUUCGUCUCUUCCGCCUCAUCCAGUUAAUCCGUGAGGUGCGAAAAAGUGGAAAGCAGUGCAAGAAGUCGUGUCUACAGAAAGUUAUUGUUGGUGCAACGACCUUUGCAAUCAGUGGUUACCACCAUAACAAUGUGACACCAAACCUGGUUGCUAAGGGAGUGGCUGACCUAGGAUCCGGUGCUAAGCAAAAGCAUCAAUUGACAGACGAUAAGAUUUUGUAUGAUGGUCAAACUGCAGGAACAUCUGAAACGAAGUACUCAAAUGAUUCGUCGCUUCAUGGGCACAAUCGACUGUCCUUCACUGACGCCAAGGAGAGGAAGCGCAAUAAUAACAUCAAAGUAACGACGAGAAAGUCUAAGGGCAUAUACUUCUACGUGAACUUGGAUCAGAGUGCCAAAACGGAUGCUAGCAGUGCAGAGAAGAAUCUACGUAGUAAACUAACGACACGUCGGGCCACGUCGUUCGUAGUGGGAGUCGGUGAGCUUCAGCAGCCGCGGCUGAAGCCAGGCAUCGUUCCCAUCAGCAGUCACUCGGCUUUAGGAUCGGCAGGCAGGCCACUCCCAUGCCCUGGCUAUGACCAGUUCAUGCUGCGUGACACAGAUGCCACCCAGUGGCCGUUAUCUGACUCGGAGUCCUUCGCUCAGACAUCACUUUUAACCUGCAGCAUGGCAAGAGGUGCAAAGAGAGGUUUUAACAUACAAGCAGGACAUGUUCCUGCAUCAGGCAAAAAACAAAUGCAAGUCAAAUCAGAGAUCAAGGUGUUUGUGAGGAUAGCUCCAUCAAUGCUGACUGCGGCAGAAAGACCUGCUUCCGUCCGCAAAUUUGUACAUACAGAUACUGUCAUUGUGAAUGAGGUGAAGUCAACCCUGAGACUGCAGUGCUACAAUAAACAGCACAUUUUUAAAUUUUCCAACGUUUUUGAUGAAACCAUAGCUAACAAGAGCGUAUAUGAAGCAACAAUUAAACCAUCUGUCCACCAGAUAUUCUCUGGUAAGCGCCUUACUGUUGUAAGCUAUGGGCAGGUAAGCUCAGGCAAGACAUACACAAUCCAUGGAAAGGGCAGCUUGCCCGGUCUCUACAGGCAGGCGGCAAGUGAUGUGUUUGCACAUCUCGGCACAAUGACAGAUGGCUCCAGUCGUCGUGUACAAGUGUUCGUCAGUUUCUGUGAGGUUCUCCAAGGUCGUCUGCUUGAUCUGCUUAACUCACGGAACAGGGUAAUUGCUCAGGAGCAGAGCAGUGGAGUAGUGCUAAUUAAUGGUCUUAAGGAGGUAGAAGUGUUGGACAUAGUUGCUCUGCAGAAGGUGAUGGAAAAUGGUUUGAACACGCAUAGGCGACAGCACCCCCGGAGCAACGGUCCCGGGUCUACCUGGCACACUAUCCUGCAGCUGAGAGUGACAAAUGCUGGCCGUGAGGUCGGCAAGCUGGCAUUUGUUGACCUCGCCAGCUGUGAGCAAACCAACCAGGGCAAGCAGAGGCCGGGAAGGGUCACAGAGAUUGCUAGCGUUAACCAGGACUUCCUCGUGCUGAGGGCUUGCAUACAUGCACUGCAGACUGGCAGUAGACACACACCCUUCAGACAGAGCAAGCUUGCAAUGCUCUUGCGCAAUGCGCUGCUGUUUCCGGGGGAGACGGUUGUCUUGGCAACAUUGCGACAGGAAGCGGAGUUUGUGCAGAGAACGAUUCGCACGUUGCAGUUUGCUGACAGCUUGCAGGAGCUUGUUUGCGUCGAAUGCCAGCAGUCUUGCAGGGAACAGGGCGCCAGUGACGCGACACAUGUCUCUCAUUCCCUACGCACAGGGUCGUUUCAUGUGCAUGCGAGGCAACUCGCCGCACACCAACUGAGAGCAGAUACCACAGCGGCAUCUACAAGUAAGAAGAAUAUUCUGUCCACGACAACUGCAGAAGCACAGUCAUGGAGGCUGGAUGCGUCAGGCAGCAGUGAUACAUCACAGUCUCAGAAAGGAGAUUCAUCUCAGUUUGUGCUGCCACCCCAACAGGAGCAACAGCAGCAGCAGGUGGAGCAGGGGGAACAGGAGCAGUACCCUGAGCAGCAGCAGCAGCAGCUACAGCAGCCCAUCUCUCCUGUAAUGAGGACACGACACAUCAGCUCACCAUCUCAGCUCCUGCCUAACGAUCAGGCGGGGCUAUCCCAGUUGUACAUCCGUCCUAUUAAGCCAUUCAUGCUACGAAGGCGCUCUAAGUCUGGUGAGCCCGUCGUCCAGCUGUCAACGUCUAGUUCUGCCGACGAGGUCCGGCAGGGGCAGGUGGUCGUCGACAAGGAGUCGCAGACGGGUGAAGUGGGAAGUUCAAACCGGCAUUGCAGGAGGCACCACAGCAGCAGCGGUCGCAGGAAGCGUGUCGCCAAUGUGGAUGCUCCGCUGGACCGCAGUGUGAUUGAACAGGACGAAGCAGUGUCGCCGGUUGAGCAGGUUACAGCGGGUGUGCGUACAGAUGGUGCAAGCAACCAUCACACGGUGUCAGCAUCGGCUACCCAGGAGGAAUCGUGUCAUGUCCAAGCAGAUAAUCAGCUUGGUCCGGCCAAGCAUCCAGAAAAAGUUGAAGAUACUCAAGUGCCAUUCCACAUACAGGCAUGGCCACCAAUACAAACCAGUAAAGAUGACUGCGGCUCUGGAAUAGAGGUUACACAUUCCACUACGUUAGCUUUCAAGAGAAGUCUUAGUGACAAUUGUCUCGAUCAAUCACAGGUGUCCGUCUACAUCCCGGACGUAUCAUAUGUCGCUGACCGAAGGCUGUCAUCACAACGUUCCAUCGAUGAUCGAGCGAUAUGUGUCGCUCGUGACGGCGGACUAUUCUUUGGAACUGGGCAGUCGACACGGCAAAGCAAGGAUGCAAACCCUCCACCCACAUCAGCACCGCUACCAUUACCAACACAGGAAAGCAACGAGCAGACAGCAAGACUGACCGUAAAGCAUGUGUCCAGAAAUGUACCACUGAGGAUCCUGUCCCCAACAUUCAUCAGGGGCCAAAUCGGAAGCAUGGAGUUCCCGGCAGGUAGCGGUGUGCAUACAGACAGCGAUGCACGGGCUGUCAAUGAUGCACAGUCUGACAGUGGCAAGCUCACACACGUGAAAGAAUCUGCGGACGUUACUCGUGCAGACGAGCUGCCAUUGCAAAUGGCCAAUGAGGUUGUACAGACGCGGUCAUUGCAAAUGGCCGACGAGGUUAUACAGACACAGGACAUACCGCUUGACCUUGAGGCACACAUCAAGAGCCGAUACCCAUCUGGCAAGUCCGACGUGACAGAGACAGUGGUGCCCACACCUGGUGAAGGAGACCAUAGCAGUGAUGACUCUAGCCUGGGCUCAAGUCUGCAAUCUGGGUCGUGGCAAGAACUGCUUGUCUCACACCACAGGAGCAGAUCGGCGUGGUUCGAACCAUAUGGAAAAGCUCGUAGCGAUUCUUCCCCUUCUAGUUCAACUGACACCCAGGUUACUGAGCCCCAUAGUGCACAAGUGCUGCAGCAAGAGGAAAUGGGGAUCACAUCACAGGGAGUAGACCAUCAAGAUAGCUUUUCCUCCAUCCAGACUGAUUCAGGUUGGUCCCAAGGUGCGCACACACCGGGUUUCAGCACGCACGAGGGAUACGACACUCAGUUUCACCCUCUGGGGGCGUUUUCACGUGUGGCCGACCACAUCGGAUAUCAGCAGAUGGAUAUACCGGUUAGGAGCAACAGUGCUGGUGUGCAGUCUGUAGAUGCCAUCGAUAUAUCUAAUGCUGAGAACGUUGGUGAUAUAUCAGGCAAUGGUGCGACAUUAGUAGAGUGCAUUGCACCGGCUCAACCGUCUGCAGUCACCCCGACACGUCACAUUUCGACUAAUGUGUCUAAAGGUGAGACGGUUGUACACGUGGCCGCCUCCGAGAAUGAUUUCUCUAACCUGAGAGGAGCAUUUCGUCCGGUGCGCUCACCACACGGAGAAAGCAGUGGAAGCAAUGGGCAGCAGAAAACGCACGAAGAAGCACUGGAGAAACCGCAGAGCAUUGUUGAUUCGUCUGCUCAUGACUCUCUCGUCGUUCGGCCACGUAAGUGCAAGGUGCCAAGCAGUGUCGAUUCAGAGUCAGGGGAAGUGGUCGGCUGGUCACUGAAGUACUGCAGCUCCGAUAAAGCAGUAAUCGGACAUCAUCUUGUUUCUUUGGUUUUGGAACCGCAGGAAGAGAGACUGGCUCAGGACAGCCAUGCUGGGUCUGUUAAGACUAACCCAGUUUCAACUAGAGAGGAACAUGUAUCUGAAUCAAAUGAUAAUAUUAGCAUGAAGCAGGAUACAGCAGCAUCUUGUAGUGGAAAAUCACAGGAAAAUGAAGAACUCUUGUCAUCCAAGUGCACUGAUGAAUCACCAAAGGAAAGCGACAUUGCAAUAGGAGCGGCCAAAAGUGGGGAAACUGGUCAGCUUGCUUGUGCUACUCUGGAGCAAUCUAGUAGCGACAGUUUGGGAAGGCACAAGCAACACAGACAUACUGGGAGAAAACCAAAGCUUGAUAAGUAUUUCCCGAAAGUAGAUGCCUCUAGUAAGGACUACCUGCCAAGCAAGCAAGCAGAAGCUGAUAAAGAAAGCACUCACAAUAAGACAGGGGUGAUGGAACUUGCAUCACGUCAUGCUCAGGUUCUGUAUGAUCUCAGACAGAUAAACUACAAGGAGACCCAGCUACUCUCUUCUCUUCGAGAUGGAAGCAAGGACCAUGAGCAGUACUUGCAGGAACUGCAACAGCUGCUGUGCAGCAAGGAGAAAAGCAUACACAAACUCAUGGAGGAUGUCAGUUACGCAGGGCCGUAGCUAGCAGGCAGGAGGGCAGUUGCCCCCUCCCCUCCCCACCCACACAGACCAAUGUAGAUACCAUUACAUGGUCAGUAGCCAACGGCAAACUAUCAACGAUAAAUUACCAAGAAUGCAAACCGUGGGUGACAUUGCAUCAAGAGUGUAUAAAGAAGGAGAGCGUACAACGGUGAAAUGCUGAAACCAUGUUGCAGUAUUAGUCGAAU